CCACUCAUUAUGUACAUUGGCCACUACUUUGUUAACCGCUUUGAUCAUAUAUACCCGAGAUAUAGCGUUUACAACUUUGUUCAUUUGGUCCUGCUUGAUCGUAUUCUGUAGGUAAUGUAGAUAGAGUAAGUUGUGUGUUGUAAAUAAUAUAUAAGCAGGUGUAAAUAGUGCAGGCAGAUAUUGGAGAUAUGCGAAUGUUGAUGGUGCGGUCUUGAGAGGAGUGGAUAGAAAAGAAGAAGCAGAAAGGAAAUACGGGAAAAGAUGCGACGGUUGUCACGUGAGAAGGGAGGCAACGACGAACGCCGAUCACUCGCGGCCGAUCGCCGGCGCUGACAGAUCGUGACGCGAUUCAAUCAACGUGACGUUAUCCUAACCUAACCUGCGAGAGGCUCGGCUUCCGCCGAGAGCGGAGAAAAAAGGUCUCCAGGUAGCGUGAAAAAUGUGAUUUCUUACUUUCAUCUCGUAACGCCGCGAGUCUCGCGAUUUUCGCGAGGAGAGGAAAAAGAGAAAGAGAGAGAGAGAGAGAGAGAGAGAGAGAGAGAGGGAGGGAGAGAGAACGAGAGAUGGAGAACUAUUCCGUGCGCAUCAAUUAUCCGCAAACUGCUCGCGGGGAUCCCGAUGACUCGUCCGUGUCCCACGACGACCAACCGAAACAAUACACGGAUCAUGCCAAGAAACGAACGGAAGACGUGAUCGUUCUGACGAGCGAUACGAAGGGCGGCCUGUUUAAUCCUCGAGCCCUUCUCUUUCUCACUCUGUGGUACGUCUUCAGCGGAUGCACCCUGUUUUUAAACAAGUAUAUAUUAUCCUACAUGGAAGGUGAUCCUACGAUCUUGGGUGCCUGUCAAAUGUUGAUGACCGCAAUAUGUGGAUUGAUACAAAUGUACUUCCCUUGCGGUAUGUACAAAGCAAGUCCAAGGUUGAUGAGACCUCCAGGAUUUUAUAAGCACAUGACACUAGUCGGCUGCACAAGAUUUGCGACAGUAGUUCUAGGUCUAGUGUCGCUAAAUUAUGUAGCUGUAAGUUUCACAGAAACCAUAAAGAGUAGCGCACCACUUUUCACCGUCCUCAUCAGUAGGUAUUUAUUAGGGGAACAUACGGGAUUAUAUGUGAACUUAUCUUUGAUACCUGUAAUGGGUGGAUUAGCAUUAUGUUCCAUCAAUGAGAUUAGUUUUGAUCUCCGAGGAUUUAUCGCUGCUAUGGCCACAAACGUAACCGAAUGUUUGCAGAACGUCUAUUCGAAGAUGUUAAUCAGUGGUGAUAAUUUUAAGUACACACCGGCGGAAUUGCAAUUUUAUACUAGUUUAGCGUCAAUUGUGGUACAAAUACCGGUGUCAAUAUUGUUAGUCGAUCUACCCACUCUAGAGCAUUCCUUGAGUUUUAAAUUAUUCGCGGCAUUCCUACUCAAUGGAGUAUUCUUCCACUUUCAAAGUAUUACCGCUUAUGUACUUAUGGACUACGUCAGUCCUGUGACACACAGUGUUGCUAAUACCGCGAAGAGAGCUUUCCUAAUAUGGCUCUCUGUUCUGUUAUUUAACAAUCCUGUAACGGGAUUAUCGGCGCUCGGCACUUCCUCCGUUAUAGUGGGCGUCUUGCUAUAUAAUCGGGCGCAAGAGUACGACAGGAUAAACAGAACAAAAUUACGGUACUCGUCAAAGAUCAAUCUGCAAUAGGACAAUUUUUCAAAGAUUAUGAAAAUUUAUGGUUUAUGGGAAGGUUUAUAUGGGAGGGGAAACAUGUGUCACACUGCACCAAAUGUUAUUGUAUAUUGCAUUGGUAGUACAAAUAAUAUCCGGUUUUUAUACGGCAAUAUUCUGCGUUCGAUGAAACGCAGGGUGGUAACAUAUUUGUAAUGUAUCAAAAUAAAGUGCAAUCAAUAAUGAAAAUUAUUGACAUUUGUCAAAUUUAUUGAUUGCCAGUCGAGUUUUGUGAUCUUAAAAGCGGAUUAGUGUUCGCAGUCUGUAAUAUACAACAUUAAUAACUAAAUGUCAUUCUGAAAUGUAACUUAUAUCGUUUCUAAAUUUGAGAAUCACAUCUAUUUGAUAAGCGUUGAUAAAUCAAGAGAUAUCAGAACGGGCGAUCAUGUGUCAAAAAGUAUACAAUUAUUGCUGUAUUAUACAAGUGUUCCUAAUGUAAAUCUGCGAACUGUCGAAUGUAUAAAAAUGUUUUAUAAAAAUAAAAUUUCUUUAUAUAUCUAAA